GCGGGGCGCAGCGCGCGCGCGCGGCGUCGGCCGGGUUGCUCGGGAGCCGGUGGCGUCGCCGCCCGCCCUCCGCCCGCCAGCCUCUGCCAUGGGCAGCGCCGAGAGCAGCGAGAGCCGCAGGGUGUCCUUCGAGAUGGACGAGGAGGAGCGGGUCCGGGUGCUCCAGGGCAUCCGGCUGUCUGAAAGUGUGGUCAACCGCAUGAAGGAUUCCAGUGAGCCUUCAGAAGGGCCGCAGCCCGUCCCGCCACCCACGGCGCCUCCAUCUACCACAGCUCCACCCACGGAGCCUCCACCCACCGAGACCCCACCCACGGAGCCUCCUCUCACUACGCUUCCACCUGCAGCGAGUUCACCCCCUACAUCUCCACUCUCUCCUCGUCCAACUGCUACUCGUCUACCUACUACACGUAGCUCCCCCGAUAGCAGCUUCACAUUCCCCCAGAAAGAAUUCAAACUGCCCAAGUCAGAACCUAGUGGUAUCCAGCGACCUUCAGAUGUGACAGAGGAGUUCAAGAGGUUCAAAGAGGAGCAGGCUGCAGCCCAAGAUGAGCUGUUCCAGGUGGUGAAGAAGGAAAGAGAGGCAGCCUCAAAGCUCUUGAAGGCCCCACUGUCUCCAGGGUCAAGCGACAGCAAUCGUGAGAAGAGGCAUUCUGUGCGUCUGGCCAGGGAGCUUGAGAGCAGAGAGGCAGAGCUCCAACGCCGAGACACCUUCUACAAAGAGCAGCUGGGGCGCAUCGAGAAGAAGAAUGCUGAGAUGUAUAAACUGUCUGCUCAGCAGUUCCAUGAGGCAGCUUCGAAAGCAGAGAGCGCAAUCAAGCCCCGCCGGGUGGAGCCCGUGUGCUCAGGCCUGCAGUACCAGAUCCUCCGCUGCUAUCGAGACCACCUGCAUGAGGUGCUGCUCUGCUCCGACCUGGUCAAGGAGUACCAGCACUGUGUCAGCUCCGCCCACAAGGGCUAAGGAGCAGCAUCGUCCCUGCCCUGCAGUGACCUGGCGUGCUGAAGGAGGGACUGACCCCGGGACCACAGGCCCAGGCCACGGCCGCUGUGCUCUGCCAUUUC